AGUUCAGUGAUAAACUUUUGCUCACAUUGUAUCAUUUUGCCAAAGUUUUCAAUGUCAUUUAAUCUUACCACGCAACAACACUGACGCAAUUAUUCACUAUUAUCUGAGAAUAUUUAUUAAAACUUUAAAAAAUGCCCAAUAACAUUGUUUUUGCUGGUUUAUUUAUACAUUCAAGUUCCAACACAGAUUUCUCAAUCUUGAAUGGAUAUGUCUGGAUCAAAAAUGGCAAGAUAACAAAAAUAGGAUCAACAGAGGAGUUUAAUAGUUUAGAAAAUUCUGGAUCAUUGGCAGAAGUGGAAAUCAUAAAAUUAUCACCGAGCCAACUUAUUAUCCCAGGUUUUGUGGAUUGCCAUGUUCAUGCACCACAGUUUCCCAACAUUGGGCUUGGGUUAGACCGCCCCCUACUGGAAUGGCUGGAUAAGUACACAUUCCCUUUGGAGAAAAAGUAUAGUGAUGUGGCAUUUGCUGCUAAAGUCUAUGACCAAGUUGUGCAAAGACUGCUUCACAAUGGUACCACAACAGCCUGUUACUUUGGCUCUCUACAUCUAGAAGGAACUUUAGAACUGGUCAAAAGUGCCAUCAAACACCACCAGAGGGCUCAGGUCGGCAAAGUCAGCAUGAACUUGAAGAAUGAUGCAGGUUACUAUAACACUGUAGAAAAGGAAUUAGCUGAUACUGCAAGUUUUGUGCAUAAAGUAUUGGAAUUAAAGAAUGAUUUGGUGCAACCAGUAAUAACUCCAAGAUUUGCAAUAAGUUGUGACGAACAACUCAUGACUGGACUAGCUAAUAUAUCUGACCAAUAUGGUUGUAGGAUACAGAGCCAUCUGUGUGAAAAUCUCAAGGAAAUAGAAUAUGUGCUGCAGAUAAAUCCUAAAUGUACAAGUUAUGCCGAAGUGUAUGACAAGAGUCUGCUUUUGAAUGACAGGUGUAUAAUGGCGCACGCAAUACACAUGACGGAUCAAGAGAUAGAUCUAUUGUCCAGUAAAGGUACUGCGGUCGCGCACUGCCCUGCGUCCAACACGAGACUGAAGUCAGGACUCUGUCCAGUCAGGAAGUUACUGGACAGUAACAUCACCGUCGGUUUGGGCACGGAUGUGUCAGGAGGUGAUAGCUCAUCGAUACUAGACGCUUUACGAAGAACCAUGGACGUCUCUACGCAUUUAGAAGUUAAAGGUGCUGACGGAUACUCAAUAGAUUCGAAAGAAGCGUUCUAUUUGGCAACUUUGGGCGGCGCUAAAGCACUACGUUUAGAAGACAAAAUCGGCAGUUUUGAAGUGGGUAAAGAAUUCGAUGCUCUUCUCGUAGAUGUAUACGCUGAAAAUGGGCCCAUAGACAAGUACGAUUUCGAAGUGGAACAAAACACAGAGGAAUGCGCUACAAGUCUCCUGCAGAGGUUCAUUUACAUGGGUGACGAUAGAAAUAUAGUACAAGUGUAUGUAAAGGGGAAAAGGGUAAAAAAUAUAUAAAAUAGACUUUUAUCUGCAAUAAAUGAAACUAUUGUACAAAUGUUUAUAGUAAACUUUAAGAUAAAAAUAAAA